UGUGCUCUUACUCUUGUCAAUCCAUGCUUCUAUGCGUUAUCCACAAUCAGAGGAGAAUAUUUGUGUUAAACAUUUUUGUGUGAACAGGGUUUGGUCUGAAAGAGAGGAAUUAUGAUCACUCUUUCACUGGUACCCUUUGUGUCUGGGCUGUGUAUAGGAUUUCUGUCUAUUCAAUACUUUGUUUACUCAGACACCAGCACUGCAAAACCAGCUCUUUUCUCACUGGGUAACUCCAGUGGAGUUCAUAAUGACAAAAGGGUUCCAAGACACAGACACUCAGAUGAGGACAGGAGUGUUGCAGCCAGCCUGUCCCAAAAUGUACGACUACUAUGUUGGAUCAUGACUGGGCCUAAGAACCUGGAGUCCAGAACCAAACACAUCCGGGCCACCUGGGGCAAACGAUGCAACAAAGUCCUCUACAUGAGCUCAGUGGAGACAGAAUUCCCCACGGUGGGGCUCAACGUAACUGAGGGACGAGACCAGCUCUACUGGAAGACCAUCAGAGCCUUCCAGUACAUCUACCAACACCACCACAACGACUAUGACUGGGUCCUCAAAGCCGACGAUGACACGUUCGUGGUCAUCGAGAACCUCCGACACACAUUGUCUAAACAGGACCCGGAGAAGCCUGUAUACUUUGGGAGAAGGUUCCACCCGUUCGUCCAGCAGGGUUACAUGAGUGGUGGAGCCGGCUAUGUCCUCAGUAAAGAAGCCGUCAGAAGGUUCAUCAAGGGAUUCGACACUGGGAAAUGUUCCCACUUCUCCACCAUAGAAGACAUGGCUCUAGGGAAGUGUAUGGAGACUAUGGGUGUGGAGCCGGGGGACUCCAGAGAUGUGAAGGGAAGGCAGACGUUUCAUCCCUACCCACCAGACAUGUACCUGGUCAAAGAGCCACCCAGAAAACGGCCCUGGUAUCUCUUAUACGACCACUUCAAACCAAGAGAGGGCCCAGAAUGUUGUUCAGAUCACAUCGUAUCAUUUCACUACAUCUACCCUGUAGAGAUGUACACGCUGGUAUACUUCACCUAUCAUCUACGGCCCUAUGGAUACAAGUACAGGUACAACCCUGAUGCUGCAGCAGCUGAAAUUGAGAGUAACACCACCACACCUGUCUCUGCUUAACACAGAGAUAUCACAGACGGACUACUGCACUGAAGAAAGAACUUAUUACUGUGCCAUGUUUAAAUGCCGAAACAACAGCCUGACAUUACCACUCUCUUUGGUAAGCUGAGCAAUGAGACCGAGGAAAUGGAACCACUCUCAAAUUCACUGACAUGGUAGUUUUAACCAUAUUUUGAAGCUAUACAUUAUUUACAUAGACAACAAAUACAUGAACAAUAGAGUAAUAUAGUGACAGGGGGAGACAGUUGUACUAAGUUGAGUUCUUUCUGUUGAUAGAGUUUCACAUUUCCUUUUUUCAUU